CACUGGGUUGUCUAAAUUAUCUAUAACGGGUUGUCCAAAUAUAUAUUUAUUUCGCUCUAUAUAUAUAGAUAAAGCAGUUGAACCUGACCGAGGUGCACAUGACUGAGUAGAAGGUCGCUCUUCUGUCUGCUUGCAUUCAUAACGUGGAUGAAAUUUGGACAUAAAGCUCGCUGAAGGAGUAGAGAGAAGAGACUAUCCAAUGUCGUUAAGCUUCGGACAUAACGUUGUAACAGAUGAGGCGGCGCGUGCUCUUGCCAGUUGCGUCAACAACAUGCUACGGCUCUUCGUCCAUAAGUGUCACUUGUCGUUAACAGGCACGAGAUAUAUUGCAAACGCUAUCAAAGACCUAACGUCCCCGAUCGAUGAUUGGUUCCUUCACGGCAACAAUAACAUCGGUGACGCCGGGGCAGAACUGGUAGCAUCUUGUCUUCAUAACAUAACCGAUGAAAUCAGGAUGGACGGCUGCGGGGUGACUGUAGCAGGGAUGGCUAAAAUAGUAGAAGCCAGAAAUGCUCUUGAACACAAACCAGAUGUUUAUCUUGGUUACAUCGAAGGAAAGGGAGAAGUGACGCUUAUUGAUUAGGACAGUUAAGGCAUUUCGAAACCGUUUCAGAAUGAUGCCUUUGUUAUGUUGCAACAUACGAUUUGUGCUUUGCGUUAACAUUGCGUAUAACGGGUGCAAUCAUGUUCUACUAAUCUACUGUGGGGUAAGAUGGGAAACUUUUAGCACAUAUAGU